GCCCCACCCCAUCCCCACCCAGCCAGGAAGAGGCUCCACCAGACACGGGCGCCAAGAGGGGUAAAUUCUUGGCUGAGGGAUCCAUGUGCUCCCUCCUCUGGCACCCCAAGUUCGACUGGGAGCGGAAGCCUUCUUGGGAAGGGGCAGAGGCUGCUCUCCUCCCUGCAGUCCCUCCCUCCCUCUCCCUCCCAGGGUGGAUGCCUCCGGACUCGGCCAGGCAAUGGAAUGUUGUGUCGUCGGUUGCCUGGGGAACCGGGGCCUGCUAGGUGGCUGCCUCCUGGGAGCACUGAACUCGCUGCUGCUGUGGCACUACCCUCCAUCAGAAACCUCCCAGGGCCUCCCAGGCUCCUGCAGAGCUCCGGCCGCCUGGGUGGAAAGAAAGCCGGAGCCAUCGUCGGGAGAAUGGCGGCUCCCUGGAAGGAACGCUUGCAACUGGCCUCGCGAGAGAAGCCGCCUCCGAAGACCCCGGAACAGACUCCCGACCACCUCCCACCGUUGCUGAGUGUGCUGGAGAAGAGGCAGGAGCUGGCGGAUGCGGACCGGGGCCUGCAGGCCCAGAAGGAGGUCUUCCAGACCACCAUGGCGGCCCUGCAGGAGCGCCGGGAACAGCUGGAGCAGAAGCAGCAGGAGCUAAAGGGGUCCUUUCACCGCUUUGACAAGUUCUUGCAGGAUUCCGAGGCCCGGCGCAGCCGCACGCUGCAGAGGGCGGCAGAGGAACGACACCGGGCCGGCCGCCAGGAGGCCGAGGCACUGCGGCUUCGGGCCCAGCUCGAGGAGCUGCAGCGGGAGCGCGCGCGGCUGCAGCGUCGGCUACAGCGGCUGCAGCCCUGCGCGCGCCUGCUGGAGCGAGUGCUGGAUCAGCUGCCAGAGUUCCAGGAGGUCCCCGAGCUAGUGGCGCGCUUCGAUGCCCUAGCCGACACGCUGGCCGAGCUGAAGCUCACGGAGCGCCAGCGGCUGGCGGAGCUGGAGGAGGCGCGCACGCGGCUGCGGCGGCUGCGCGACGCCUGGCAGGACGAGUUGCUCCAACAGGGCCAGCGGCGAGCGCAACUUCUGGAGCGCCUGGACGCGGCGCGGGAGCGCACGCUGCACUGGGAAUCCAAGUGGGUUCAGAUCCAGAACACAGCCGCUGACAAGGCCCUGCUCCUGGCACGCACUAGGAUGGCAGCGCUCAACUUGUUCCAGUUAGUGUGCCAGCACCAGAGGCAGCCACCUGCCCUGGACAUCGAGGACACCGAGGGGCAGCUGGAGCAGGUGAAGCUGUUCCUUCUGGACCGCUCUGCCAUGCUGGCCAGCCUUCCUCAGGCCACGCCUGCGGCCCCCGCCCCAUAGCCCGACCCAGGCCGCUCCUCCUCCUCCUCCGGUGCUGAGCAGCUUGGGGCGGGGCGGGCCAGGCCCUCCUGCCGCUCCUGCAGCUCCCGCCGCUCCUCCCGCCCCUGCUGGAAGCUGGCGAUGGCCUUGCUGUCCUUC